AUGAAAAAGACCAGGUUUUGUUUGUACGCCGGCCUCAUCUGGGUGCAACAACAUGAACAAAACGGCGUUGUCUACCCUGAUGACGGUCAAGCCCAAGGAAGUAGGCCAGUGUUCGAUCGCGUACAAGGCAUUUCUUUUCACGUUACAAACAACAACAACACCAAUGAAGCAACGCUGCUGAAGAAAAAGAUGUUAGAUGAGUUCAAAGCCAUGCUUCCUCACACAGACCACCAGCACGAGAAACAUAAUGGGUACUUGUCAUUGCGAUCAAUUAUAACUGAGGCCAUGUUUUUUAUUGUUACUGCUAUUAUUGUUAUUAUUUAA